AUGAAAAUGCAUUAUUAUCCUUUGGCUUCUCUUACAACUGAUGAUUCUUUGAAACAGUUUAAAUAUACAGUUUUUGAAGAUUUCGUCAUAAGAACCUUUGUGGAUGAAAAUGUCAAAUAUUCAGUUGUAGUUGAAUAUUUUUCCGUUGACAGAAAUUCUCAACAAUUAAGUUGGCUUAAACAUGGUGAAACCAAAAUUUCAUUGCCAUAUGAACGAUUUAAUUUUAAUUUUGUUGUUAUUUCAUUGUUUACUACAAGCGACAUUGAAUUUGCAAUUGAUUCAAAUAAGACUUAUUUCCAAUUACAUCAAAUUGGGAAUGAAGCAGAAUAUUGGGAAAUUCAAUUGGAAAAUUCUGAACUAUCACCCAAAAAAUCAUUUUAUGGCAAUAUUAUAUUUGUAUACCAUGACAUUUCAACAAAUCAUUCUGACAUUUUUGAUUCAUUUGAGGCAAAUUACAACACUUACAUAGUUUUAUGGCAACCAAAAUUAUCUUGUAAUGACAAGUACAUACUAGAAUUGUCAACAAAACAUGUCUAUGGUUUCACACUACCACACAAUCAUUAUGAUGACUUGUAUAAGUCAUUAAGUGUAAUUUAUAGCCCAUUGUUCAAUGAUUACAUUAAAGCAUGUUUAUUUGAAAGUCCUGAUAAAUCAGAAUCUACUUUUUUACCAACAAUUCCCGAGUGUUAUCUGAGAAUCAUGACCUGUUUGUCGUUUUCUGAUGAAAUAACCAAUGAAGAAAUUGUUUGGCUAGGCACUUCUCAAAAUCAAGUUAUAUGUUUCAAAAAUAAUAAUAAUCAGCAAUACAUAAGUCCAAAAUGGUGUGUGGAUGUCAUCAGUGUGCCUAAAAAGAUAACUGAAGUCAAGAUAAAUGUAUCGACUAUAAAUACAGAUUUCAUUGCAUUAAUUAUCCAAUUGGAAAAUGAUAAUCUAAUAAUUAUGAAUUCUGAAAAUGGGAUGAUCUUGCAUGAAUUUUUUGGUGAUCAAACUUUGAUUAUUGGUGAAUUCUCCAAGAUUGGAUAUAAUGAUCUCUUGCUUGUUCCUCAGACAUCUUCUAAUCACUCGUUGUCUUGGAAAAUAAUUGAUAUACAGGAUCAUGACUCACAGACUGACUUUUCAAAAAUUUUAACAAAUGAGGUAAAUAUUUCUCAUUUAAGAGCACUUCUUGAGUCUUUGAUCACCAGAGAUUAUGAUGGAAAUUCACGAAAUAGGAAAAGUGAAGAAUUGAUUGAUAAAAAAUAUAAAAUAUUGGAGAACAGUGACUUAAUGAUCCAUGAAUUUAAUGAUUUGUUUCUUCCUCAUUGUAAUCAACCUUCCAAAAAUAAAAAAUAUCCCAGGAAAUUUAUUUCUGGGUUGAUUCCACUCAUACAAAAAACACCAAUAAACCAAGAAGAUGCCAAAGAAGAUUUUAUUGGUCAAAGUGAAGAGAAUUUGCUUGAGAUUAAGGAAGCAAAAUUAUGCUUUGGUAGCACGAAAAAUAAUGACAAAGUUUUGUUGAAAAUUGUUAUAGAAAAUAAAAAUAUGAAAAGCAUCUUUUCUAUACAUAUAUAUGUUUAUCUUAAAAAUCAACUAGGACAUUCAGUCUCCUCAAUUAAAUCAUGUUCAAGUUUAAUCCAUAAACUUCACCCAGGACAUCAAGGGAAUUUGAUUUCAUUAAUAGAUCUACCAAUUGAUUUUAUCACAAGCAGUUCAGAGAUUGGUGCGCACGUUUGCUAUCAAUUGGAAGACAAUAAUGUAGAAAAUUUAUUGUGCGUAGAAAAAAUUGUGACUAGUGAUAAAUUUAAUGAGGAUGGUAAUGUUUCAUUUAUUUAUCUGGAUAAAAAAUCACAAGAAUUUCAAUCAAAAGACUUGGAUUGUUCAAUAAAAUUAAUUAAUUCAUAUGACAAUAAUGAUAUAAUCUUUGAUGAUCAUGGAUUUGAAAAUUCAUCUCAAAUUCCAAUAUUAAUGUCAUUAGCAAUCAUUGAGAAAACUAUUGAUCGAACUUUGGCCGUUAGAGACAAACAUACACUACCUUUGUACAAUGAUGAUGAUGAUGAAAUUUUUGAUAAUCUCCUUAGUGAUAAUAAUAAUGAGUUUGAACUUGGAUGGUUUGUGAAUGAAGAAUUAAAAAUAUGUGAAGGAGCUGAAUUAAGACGCAAUUAA